CAUACCGCAUUUCUGUUGAGAGGUUCAGUACGUCAUCAACAGGUUUUUCAGAAGUGCCUUCGUUAUGUCGGUGUCGUUUAUACGAUGGGUAUUAUCAACCGCGUCCCUCUUCGCAACUACUGUCGAGCCUCUAGAUCUGCCUUCCUCGUCUCUUUCGGACCCGCAGAUGCUAGUCAGUGUCCGAAUGGGACCAGGACAAUCCAGUGUUUGUGGAACCGCCAGGGGAAGCCUGCCUAUCUUGCCUGGUCCAGGACAGAAUGAAGCGAGAAAAACCGGUACUCCCGAUGCAGUGAUUGAGGCUGACAAGCUGUUAAAUUCUUCCGUUAUUUCGAAUAGUUCUUUUACUGUCUGUGCCUUCAUCAAAGUUGACAGAAGUUAUACUUACUCUACCCUCUUAACUAUCACUGAGAAACACCGGAGAGUUUUUGUCGACGUCAUACAAAUGGGCGUGCUCCUCCGGGUGAAGAAUUCGAUGGGAGGCGAUACGAGCGAGUAUUUCUUCGAAGUGAAGUUCCCUCCUGAACAGUGGCGCCACCUGUGUUUGCAGUACGACGGUGUCUCGAGGAAGAGUCGCUGCUUAGCGGACGACGAAGAAAGGCUACUGUCGAGCAGGCGAGUACCUGGUGUAGGCGAGGGGUACAACCCACCUGACGAAAGAUCCACAGCGCAGGAUGACAAGACUGCACCCCAUCCUAACAGCUGUGCACCGAAUAACACACUGGAGGUUGAUAGUUGUCAGAACACCCAGGAGAAAUCUGAGGCGCCGGCAGGAAAGCUGUGUCUGGGCGGGUUUGGACGCGGUAAGUUAAGAGCUACGGUGAGUCGGCUUCGCUGGUGGAGCGGAAUUAUCCCAGAUAUUGGGAAGGCGGUCGAGUGUGCAGGGCGAUCGCAGGGGUUUCCGGACUUGGCGAUGAAUAAGGACUGGGCUGUGGUAGGCGAUGCUUCUUUUCAACUCCACUCACUGCAGGAAGUGUGUUCAUCAUACCCUCGUUAUGUCCUCCUACAACCAGCCGGGACAUAUAGCCAUUCCCAGUCGCUUUGUCACUCUUUGGCGGGGACACUGGUAUCAACAGACGAUUUAACGGCAAUAAACACAACUUCACUUCAGUUCAACAACAUCUAUGCGGACUCAGGUGAGCCUUUGACUUGGCUCGAUGUAAAGAACGGGACGAUAGUGGCGAUCACGCCCGGAGACGAGUGCCCCGCCUGGGAUUCGAACGGAGAAAAAAUGGUUGCUUGUGUCCGGCGUCUGGGUUGCUCCAUGUGCAAGUUGUCGCCCACAUCCAUGUACACUUUGUACGGGCACACCGGGCGUUUUUUCGAGUACACAUAUUACAUAGAUUCUAAUUUAUCGGUUCCCAUAUUCCAAAGUAAAGGAAGCUCUCGAAUCAAGCUUGAGGAUUCCAUAUGGGUGCUGAGUUCGAACCUGCAUCGUGUUGAGUGGAGGCUGGAGGGCGCAGCGGUCCCGAUCGGUCGACGGCGGUGGAUGGCGGGGAGCCAGGAGGUCGUGCUCACGCUGACCAAAUGCCUCACCACCCAGUUCACCUGCGACGAUGGCCAGUGUAUCUCCCAGAUCUUACGCUGUGACGAUAUUUUGCAUUGUCGAGAUAUGUCUGACGAAGUAAAUUGCAAAGUUGUGGAAAAGCCAUCUCGCUACGACGUCUCUACUCCUCCGCCUCUCCGACCUUGGGAGAACGGCACUGUACCCAUAGCUUAUCAUAUUGAUGUCUAUCACCUGAGUGACAUCACGGCCAUCAAUGCGACGGCUUCAAUGGACGUAGGAAUCACCCUGACUUGGUACGACCCGAGACUGAAAUUUCGCAAUCUUAAGCCCGACAUAAAGAACUAUUUUCCGUGUGAGUUGGUUUGGACGCCGGCUGUACAGGCAGUAACGGGCCACGGCGAUGGCACUGUUCUAGACACAAAUGAUUACGAAAAGUUUUGUUAUGCCUAUAAUAACGAUGCUACAGAGAAACGGCCCCUUGCUGAUCCGUAUAUGGGCCACAUAGCAGAUGGAAUGAAUACUGCAGUCGAGGUGUAUCUGGGCGUGUUGGCUACAGUUCCCUGCCAGUUUCAGUUGCAGCUAUAUCCUUUCGACAGUCAGCUGUGCAACCUGUCCUUCAUUCUGAUUAACUCCCCGUGGUCCAGGGUGUUUGACAAAGCUCUUCCUGGUAACUACGUUCCUUACCUCAAUGCUCGACGUUCUCUUCUGGAGUAUGUGCUGGAGGACCAGACGACGGAGGUGGGCUGGCUCAUGCAAGCAGCUGACAACAACACCUACUUCGUGCUCUCCUACCAUCUGCGACGCCUUUACGGAUACCACAUCAUGAACAGUUACUUCCCUAGUCUUCUCAUGUUCGUGAUUUCCUACGCCACUUUCUACUUCCAGCUCGACGACUUCACAAACCGAAUCAUGAUAUCCCUAACGGCUCAGCUGGUACUGGCGGCGCUCUUCAGCUCCACCACCCGCUCCUCCGUCAAAACACCGUACCUCAAGCUCAUCGAUGUAUGGUAUGCCGUCAUCAUCACUUCCUGCUUCCUCAUCAUCGUUUUUCAGACGCUAAUCAACGUCAUCUUUCACAGCAACCGCCUCCCUGGUUUCGUCUACAAGAUGGCGUGUUUGCCAGGCCCCCUGAGUGAUAUCAAGAAGGUUGUCCCUCUGUUCACCAAGAGAAGCCAAGAGCUGACGCAGCGAGAGUCGGCAGGUUGCUCGGUGGCUCGUCGAUACAACGGCAUGGCUCGUGUGUUCACCCUGUCGCUCGUGACUAUCUUCGUCGUCCUCAACACAGGCAUUAGCCAUGUUAGACAAUAUCUUAAACCCAAAGAACCUGAAUAUGAACAAAAAUUGCCAAGAUCAACAGCUGUGAGAAUUAUGCUGCUUUUAAGGGAAUUUGGCGCCAGAUGCGCCAGAGAUACGAGGCGCUCCCUGGCGUCUGUUCAGGUGGCCUACCUAAGCAUUUACCUGUUGAGGACUGAAUCGGUCACUUUGCGCCACCCGGGACAGCACUAUGGCUUAAUAACCACAUUAAAAUAUAGGAAUACUUAUGUUAAUAAAGAGAUGACGAAAGUAAUGUCCUAG